CAGACCGAAGGAAGAAGCGGGAAGAAAAGCGCAGCCGCCGCUGGGCCCUGCGCGCCCCGGGAGCGCCGCGCGGCCCUGCCCGCGGGCUCCGGGUGUCCGCGGGGCGGCGCCGCGGAACAUGACGGCGCCCUGGGCGGCCCUCGCCCUCCUCUGGGGAUCGCUGUGCGCGGGUUCCGGGCGUGGGGAGGCCGAGACUCGGGAGUGCAUUUACUACAACGCCAACUGGGAGCUGGAGCGCACCAACCAGAGUGGCCUGGAGCGCUGCGAGGGCGAGCAGGACAAGCGGCUGCACUGCUACGCCUCCUGGCGCAACAGCUCCGGCACCAUCGAGCUCGUCAAGAAGGGCUGCUGGCUGGACGACUUCAACUGCUACGACAGGCAGGAGUGCGUGGCCACCGAGGAGAACCCCCAGGUGUACUUCUGCUGCUGUGAAGGCAACUUCUGCAACGAGCGCUUCACCCACUUGCCGGAGGCUGGGGGCCCGGAAGUCACGUACGAGCCACCCCCGACAGCCCCCACCCUGCUCACGGUGCUGGCCUACUCGCUGCUGCCCAUUGGGGGCCUCUCCCUCAUCGUCCUGCUGGCCUUCUGGAUGUACCGGCAUCGCAAGCCUCCCUACGGCCAUGUGGACAUCCACGAGGACCCUGGACCUCCACCUCCGUCCCCUCUGGUGGGCCUGAAGCCUCUGCAGCUGCUGGAGAUCAAGGCUCGGGGGCGCUUUGGCUGUGUCUGGAAGGCGCAGCUCAUGAAUGACUUUGUCGCUGUCAAGAUCUUCCCACUCCAGGACAAACAGUCAUGGCAGAGUGAACGGGAGAUCUUCAGCACCCCCGGCAUGAAGCAUGAGAACCUGCUGCAGUUCAUUGCCGCUGAGAAGCGAGGCUCCAACCUUGAGGUAGAGCUCUGGCUCAUUACGGCCUUCCAUGACAAGGGCUCCCUCACGGAUUACCUCAAGGGGAACAUCAUCACGUGGAAUGAACUGUGUCACGUGGCAGAGACAAUGUCAAGAGGCCUCUCGUACCUUCAUGAGGAUGUGCCCUGGUGCCGUGGCGAGGGCCACAAGCCGUCUAUUGCCCACAGGGACUUCAAAAGCAAGAAUGUAUUGCUCAAGAGUGACCUCACAGCUGUGCUGGCUGACUUUGGUCUGGCUGUUCGGUUUGAGCCAGGGAAACCUCCGGGGGACACUCAUGGGCAGGUGGGUACGCGGCGGUACAUGGCCCCUGAGGUGCUUGAGGGAGCCAUCAACUUCCAGAGAGAUGCCUUCCUGCGCAUCGACAUGUACGCCAUGGGGCUGGUGCUGUGGGAGCUUGUGUCCCGCUGCAAGGCUGCGGAUGGCCCUGUGGAUGAGUACAUGCUGCCCUUUGAGGAAGAGAUCGGCCAGCACCCAUCACUGGAGGAGCUACAAGAGGUGGUCGUGCACAAGAAGAUGCGGCCCGCCAUUAAGGAUCACUGGCUGAAGCACCCGGGCCUGGCCCAGCUCUGUGUGACCAUUGAGGAGUGCUGGGACCAUGAUGCAGAGGCUCGCCUGUCUGCGGGCUGCGUGGAGGAGCGGGUGUCCCUAAUCCGGAGGUCAGUCAACGGCACUACCUCGGACUGUCUUGUCUCCCUGGUGACCUCUGUCACCAAUGUGGACCUGCCGCCUAAGGAGUCGAGCAUCUAAGCCCAGGAAUGAGUGGAUCUGAAGAGGAAAGGAAAAAAAGUUGUGUUUUGUUUUGGAAAUCCCAUAACACCAACAAACACAUAAAAUGCAGCUGCUAUUUUACCUUGACUUUUUAUUAUUAUUAUAAUUAUUAUAAUUAUUAUUAUUAAUAUUAUUUUUUGGAUUGGAUCAGUUUUUACCAGCACAUUGCUCUACUGUAUCGCAAACAGCGGACACGUCAGCAGGCGUUGAGGUGCUGAGCUGUGAAUGCAGAACCAGCGCCAUGCUGAAGAGCCUCAGCCACCUCCUGUCCUUUGGGGUUCAUUUUUCCCGCUUUCUCUUUGUUUGUUGUCUCAGAAUCUGUGACACAAAGAAACCCAUCUCCUGUCUUAGGAAACUUAAUGCUGCAAACUCUACCUAGAGGAAACUUUGAAGACUGUUACAUAAGAACACACCUUCCUCAGAGGAGGAAUUUCCCCCUGCCCUCGUCCCCUUCCUGCCCCCCCCCCCGCCUUUAUUGUUUUUCUCCCUUUUUAGACAGUGAGUUUAAGAAACAGCAGAUGUGUCUUUCACGGAUUAACGGGUGUUGUCCUGACCGAGGAAAAACGGGGAUGAGAAUGAGGAUGGUUUGGACCGGAGUUGGAAGGGGAGGACAGAGCUGGGGAUGGGGUUUGGAACAGAGCUACACUGGACUCGGGCACAUUCGGAGCAACAUCCUUUGCUAGGAGGCUACUUCUCAGGUAACCAGGAUUCGAGGGGAAGGACCGUGUGGAGGCUGAGCAUUAACGGCCAGAGCGGGGUUUGGAGAAAGUCUGAAAGCAGGUGUGGCUCUGACCCAUCUGUUGGCCCUGACCAGUUUUUUCCCACUGACUUGGGCUUGGGCGUUGGACAAAACGUUUUCUCUGCCCUCAUUUUAAGGUUAGGUAGGGGUAGAAAUCAUCAUGUUUUAGUGACUGUAUUCCUCAUAAGACAAUGCUGUAAAUAUCUUAACGGAGGAAAAAGUUAAAACACGUUGCUUCCUCCUGGUGCAGUUCAGGGAAAUGCCCACGGGGCGCCCUGCACAGCCAGGGCAAGAGGAUUCCCUGGGUGGGCUGCCACGGCCUGCCUCUGAAGACCCGAGUCCUGCAGGGCUGGCUCUGCCUUGUGUGGUGACAUCGCUGUCCCUUUAUGUGGCUCGUGCACACGGCUUUCUCCAGACCCCUCAAAGAGGUGCAUAUUCUAAAAACCGUUUGUCUAUUAUGCCAUAACCUUGCUCUAGUCAGUGAAUGUUCCUAAUGCUGCUGUUUCAACAUUUGAAUUUUUUUAAUUUAUGAAACAUGCGAAUUUUUUUAAAAAUGAAACACACAUCCACAUAUACACACAUGCUUUGCAAUGUGGCUUCCGAGGUUUAAAUUUUGAAAAGUAAAAGAAUUAAAACUUCACGACCACAGACCACCUCAAACCAGAAAUACCUCAGAAUUUUCUACUUGUGUAAGUUUUAUUAUAUAUUUUAUUAGUUGUGUUGUCUCGUAGUAAGUAUAUUUUAAUGUAAGUUGGCUUUUAUGACAAGAAAAUUUAAAAGAAAUAGAGAAAAAGAAAAAAAGUUUGAGUCUUCUAGGGAGUGCUACCAUUUUUGUUUGAGAACGCCCCCUUGUAAAUAAUUGUCAACUGUAGAUUGGCUGUCUGGGCCGUCUGGGCAUUCAUCACUCUUGUUUGUGAAGGCGUUUCCCUCUGGUUUCUCGAGACUUUUAUUUAAAAAGUGGAUCUCUUUCAUCUUGAGGGUAGGUGAGUUGGUGAGCGAUGGGGAGAGGUUGACCUGGGUGAGAAUGGGAGAGGGGCGCCUCCUCUUGACUUAACGUGGAGGUUCAGAUCUUUCCCUCAACCUGACUGGUCAGUGUUCAGAAUGACAGGUAACCCCACUUUAACUUGGUCAGACUGUGGCCCUUAGACGUGCUUGAGGUCAUUUUCCUCGAGCCGCAGCGACCGUGGAGGAGGCCGGUAGCGGCUGUGUGAGUCCACCUGGUGACUCGGUGACGCGGGGCAGUCUGGGACAGAGGGGCGUGUCCGGAGUGGCACGCUCGCCCCGUGCCCUGGAGUCAGUCUGAGCGCGCAUGCUCCGCGCUCGUGCGCCCUGCGCGUCUGGGGCCUGCCGCUUGGCUGUGUCCCUUCCUCUCCGUCCUUGGGCACAGGGUGCUGUGGGAGGUGAGUGUGUGUCCCUCGCAGAGCUCAGUUUUUGCUUCAUGGGUCAAGCUGUGAGCUGGCCAAGGUGGUUACAGGGACAGGGUUUUUGUUGUUGUUGUUGUUUUUGGGGUAAGCUGUGUUGUCUUUUUUUUUUUUUUUUUAACUAUUUUGUGCUGUGGUAUUUUUCUUCCCUCAGAAUAAUUUUUAACAGCAAAACAGGCCUUACAGCAGUUGCUUUUCUUUUCCACUUCUUUCUUUAAAAAGCUUUAAAAUAUUUAUUGAAAAGUGCCAUAUCUAAUUUCUUUAGCUUUCACCUCAGGCAGUGCAUCUCUACUUUUCCAGCAUCUGCUUUGCACCCUCAGCAACAAAUAAACCACUAACACAUGUAGCUGAUUCGCCACAAGAAUGAUCAGAUCUCUUAUCCUGCCCAGUGUGGAACACUAAACCCCUGCCUCUCCAUUUGGUUUUAGAUUUCCUCUGGGUGAGUUUUCUUUCAGCUUGAUGCUUGUCAGAACACGUUUUUGGCCUGGCUGUGGAGGGUUGAGCUGUGGCUUUGGUGUGGGACCUGCUGGUCAGCUCGCAGUACCGACAGGAUGGGCCUUCCCGUUGGCCUACAUGCCUUUUAUCUGGGUGGGCUCCCUCUUUGCUGACCCUGUGCUCAGCUGCUUUCAGGCCUUGGCGCCAGAAUGAAGUGUCUGGAGAUGGUUCCUGUGUGGUGUGGCUGGGGAGAGGGGAGUCUGGGAGCGUCAGCUCUUUGGGCUUCAGGCUGCCUUUCCCUCAUGCUGUGGUGUAAGAUGCACCCAUCAGGCAGUAUCCCUGACUGCUGCUGAUGACAGAAGAGGGUGGGUGAUCCUUUUCCAGGGCACGCCCCUGGGGGUCUGGGCGGGUCUUUUGCCUCAGAUAAAGUGUCUGUGCUGUCAUGUACUCUUCGGGGAGAAAACCAUUUAGAGCUCUGGUUUAUGUUUAUUGCGUUAUAGGGUCUCUGCCUGUGUUCUUUUCCACAAAGAUUUCAUGUAGUGUCUACUUCUGGAGGGCUCAGAGAACUACCCCCCCCCCCACCCCCCCAAGCACCUGUGGAAGGCUUCUGGGAGUCUGGCAUCAUUUUGCCUGCCUGUGGGAGAGGCUGCCCCACCUAGGGUGAGAGGGUGGCCAAGUCAGGGGAGGAAGGAGCCAAGGAUCCUUGCUCCUUCCUUUCUAGUGUUCUUCCUUCCACACAGGCUCCUGGCUGUGGAGUGGGGCUUUGGGAGAGAAUGUUUUCCGUUUGAAAACGUCCGUGAUCACUGGGAAGACAUCCCAAGCCAGAGAAAUACAGGAAUGAACGAGGAGGAGGAAAUGAGUGGGGACAGGGGCCACUUGUCACACUGUCCUGCAAAGAAUUCUUAAUGAUGGGCCAGGGGAGGCCCUGGACAUAGUCCUUAGGGGCUGGCAUCAGCCAGGUUUUCUCCUGGGACCAUUGGUCCCUCCCAGGAGUCCUUUGAGUGAGUUACUCAGGGUGAGGGCCGUAGGUAGAGUGUUCUUAGGAGGCAGACCUGGCUGUGAAGGGAAGUGGUGAGUAUUUUUGGCCCAUCAUCGGCCUUCACUGUUGAACAUGGCUGGCUUGUCCUUCAUUGUUCAGCAUGGCUGUGUAGGUAUAGGUGCCCAGAGGGAUCAGGGCUACCUGGGGAGGGGUUCCCCAUGUGUGCCAGCAUCUUCUGACUCAGAAUUCCUCCUGUCUGGACUUGGGUAUGUGUGCAGAACAAGAGAGAUCUUGUUCAGCUUUGAACAUCUUCAAGUGGCUUGAAGCCCCUACUCACAUAUUCUCAGCCCAGUUCAGAAUCUCUCCUCUCCAGGCCGCUGAGCUAGUUCUUCACUGCCCCUAGGGGCCAGGCCAGUCUUCUUGUCAUGGCUUGUCAUGUCAUGCUUUAGAAAGCAAAGCAGGUGACCCAGCACUUUUCUGCUGUCACCUUUCUCUCCAGUUGCCAUGUUCUUGCUCCCUGCUACCCUGACACUCUGAGUGCUUGAGCUAUGUGUGUGGUGUUUCUUUGGUGGCAAGCCCAGCUGCCCAUGUGUGUGUAUGUGUCUGUUUGUGGCUCAGAAAGCCUGUCACGUGGCCCGAUGCUCUGAGCCAUGAGGGUAGGGAGGCGGCUGUUCUACCUGGAGUGGGAGAACUGGGUGGCCCUCUUGCAAAUGGAAUUUUGCUUUUUUUAGGAUGCAGUGUAAAGUUCCCAGCACAUACUGGUAAUACAAGGAUUUGGUGGUUUUUAGCAAUACAGUAAGCAGAUGUAUGUAAGUGUUUAGACUUGGUACUAGAAGUCGAACAGCCAAAUGUUAUUCCUGAGAACUUGGCUCACUAAGUGAGUGUCUGAAUUGGAAAGCAUUUCCUUGUAGCUAACUCAGUUGGUCAGUCCCAGCUAUUUCAGUAGCCUGUUGGGUUCUUAAUGGCUCAUCUUUGGAGAGAUAGCCAGGCUUGGUUCACAUUUCAGGGGCUCUCUAGAUCACACCUUUCUAAGAAGCGCAGUGAAUUGACUCAUCUACCCUCCCCACCUCCCAUCCAGGGUGAGCAGCCAGAAAGGAAAGAGGGCAAGGUAGCUUUUUCUCCUCAUUUGGGUGCCAUGAAUUCCUUAGUUAAUGGCUGUUUAUAAAAGCUGAACUGAUAAAUUAGUCAGUAGCUAAUAGGUGUUCAACCUAGUAAUGACGAGUUUAAGUCUUGAUCAACAGUAAUGUUUUAGGUAAAGAAACAGGCCCAGUAAUUCAGUUGAUGACCUGUUUAUCUUCUCAGUCUAGAUUUAAUGAAUUCAGGGUUAUAUGCAUAGUUGUUUAAGUAAGAUUCCUGGUAGUUGAUUUGUAACCAGCAAUCCACCUAUGAAUGUAUCCCAAACCUUUAGAAGGCUUGGAAAAGUUUUUUAAAAUAAUGAUUUAGUUUUGUAGCAAAAAGAAAUUGAAGUUUAAAAUGCCCCCCUUGGAAAUUAAUUCAGUUGACUCAGCUACGUUUUAAAAACAGUGGGUCCAAGAGACCCAUUAACUCAUCAAAUAAAAGUCCAAAUUAUCCAGAGGGAUAUUUUGAAUAUUUCUAUUUUAUACUCAUUUGGGGUCCAUUGUAAACUUUGGGCUUGGACAAGAUUUUGAAUUUAAACAGUUUGUCACUAUUUAAAUUUUACCAAGCUUUUACAUUUUUGUGACUGUAUCUUCCAGGUGUGAAUGAAGCAGGACUUUUGAUUGUGGUACUCCAUGUAUCCCUGUAGUGCCAAAACCAGUGAUACUUUUAUUUGCUCCUAUGGCAGCUUGUAGAGAUAAUACAAAUGGUUUUCCCUCAUGAAAUAAAAUGCAUAGUCUCUAAAUGCCAGUGUGUGGUGAUGGGCCCUGUGCUGCCCUUUCUCUCCGGGAGUAUCUUUGGGCUGUCUGGGGCCUAUGCAGUUCUGAGAACCAUUGCAUGCCAACCGCAGGACCCUAGAGAAGCAUACGCUCGGGCACAUGUGUGUAUGCAAUGGAUUAUUCAAACGUGGGCUCUCUGGACAUCUGUGGGAAAGUGUUACAUUUAUUUGCAAAGUUUACAUUUUUGAGCUCACGGUUACGAAAAAUAUGACCCAUUAUUAGCGAAUGCUUUUUAGGCAGGUGAGGAUGGGUUUAUUUUGUUUUGUUUUGUUGUUUUUAACAAACGGAUGUGUUCUGUCUUGAGUCCUGGGGAUUUCUGCUGUUGGUUGGGCAUGGGAUCAUUCUGUUUCUCCCAAUCACGUUUGCAUCGGAAUGUUGUUAGGUAGCAUUGUAAAUAAAAGAAUAGGUUCUAUAAUAGAGAUAUGACACUUGAAAUUUUACUUUAAAAAAUCUAUAGCUCUACAUAUAUAUUUAGUUAUAUCACCUGACAGAUUCUUCUGCACAGUGUGGAGAUUGUUUUAUACCACAGAUUAUUUUUAUAAAGUCUAGUGAGUUUGAAUGAGAAUGAUUUUGUAAUCAGAGUAAUGAGCUUUACCUUUCAGGAUAAACGUACACUGGAGUGUGAGUGGUGUGGAGCUCUUACCUAGUGCUCAUAUGGAUUCUCUUGAUACACUGGCAGAUUGGAGGACCUUUAUGGGUCUCAUUUGGCCAAAACUCCACUUCUGGCUGUGUGGGACAGUGAUGCUCCGGCUCAGCUCCCUGCAGAUUGGAAGGCGAGGGGCUGGGGAGCGGCAAGAAGAGCCUGUGGUGUGUUUUACAUUUGUGCUUCCUCCUGAGAUUUCUUCUGAACAAAGGGUUCUGAAGUUAGAAAUGAGUUUGUGAGUUCCUGCCACACGGUGUAGUCAUAUGAGGGUGUUUUGAGGAACAGAACUCAUAUGGGAGUGCAUAUUGGGGCGGGUUAGGACAAUUAAGAUUCAGGCUAUAAACAUUUGAAAUGAGAGUUUGGUGAUUUGAAGAAUCCACAAAACUGAAUUAUCUAGGACCAAAUUUUCCAGUUUUCAGGACAGAAAGGAGGGUGGUGUGUGGACACAGCGAUCAAGUGAAAUGGUGAGCUGCCGGGCACAUUGUGUCUUCUCUGGUCGGGGCCUCUUGGAUGUGAGAGUGCUUGGGGCAGCUCCCUGCUUUCAUCUAGUGAGUCACAACCGGGAGCCCUCUGAAGAAGCUCAGAGCCCCAUACCAGAGGGCAUCUUCCAGCUGUCACAUGGCCCUUCCUGCUCUUCCUGCAAAGGUCAGCAUGACUGCCAGGGGAUGGGAGGCGGUCUUCAUGUUAGCCUUUUUAUUUUGGGGUAGAGAGUGAAUGGUUACUUGGGUGAGCCUUUUGGAUGGGGAUACAGGGAAGGUGAAUAAUGGAGCUCAUUCUUUGUAUCGUCAUUGUCAGUCCUGAGGCCCAGCUGAAGGCCUGUCCCUCAGACCCAGGCUGCGGCGCUCAGAAGUACACUGGUUGGGACAGUUUUGUCAGGAGAAUUCCUGAUGUGUCAUUUUAUACCAGCUGUGCUUUUUAUUCAGUCUGGUUCAGAGUGAAGUUUUAUACUUUACCCCUUUUAUACUUGGAGUAAGUUUAGUUUCAGCAGGUCCAGUAGCAGUCCGGGAACUAACCUGUCGUUCCUUUCCCUGCUCCCCGUGAAAGAACGUUUCUCUGUUCUCCAGCCACGUGUCUUGGAAUGUAAUUCUGUUGUGCCUUUGUUUUUGUCACCUGCCUCCCCCCAAAAGCAACUGCUGUAAGCUUUUUUCUACUUGUCUUUUCUAGCCCGAAACCCCACCUUUUUCCUUUUUCCCAACUGUAAUUUCUGGAUGCAGUUCUGUGCUCCAGGUAUUUGAAGAACCAGUUACCUCAGACCUCAUGUUGAACCGUGUCACCAUCUGGGUCCUCUCGAUACUGCAGGCUUGUAACAUACACACGCAGGAACCCUGCCAAGUAUGGGCACUUAUUUGUUUUAAAGUUAAACUCUUCCCAAGGACUGAGAAAGGGGCUUCUGGCAAGCUCCUCACUGCACUGUGGUGGGAUGGGUCUAGAGUGUCAUCUGAAUGGUGCUUCCUGGGUUCCUCUUUGAAUUCUGCCAUUUUCAGUAUUCUUGUGUCUGAAUAGGCAAAGUGAUUCAAUUGGCUGGUCUUGCACACAGAUUAGUUCCAAAGAUGAGCUCUUUGUAAUACAUUUCCAGUCAUUAAAACUCAAACGUAGAACAUUCCUUUAAAUGGCAGGAUUAAAAAACCCACCAUCCACCACUGUGCAUUUUGGGAAGAUGUCUGUAGCAUAUGUUGCUGUGAAAUUAGGCCUUGCGGGAUAUGGCUGUUUGUCAUUUUGAUGUAUUUUAAAUAAAUAUAUAUAUAUAUUUUUAAAGAGCCUUUUUUACCAGUUCAAAAAGUUUGAUUAACCAGCAGUCACCACAUUUGAAUUUUUGUCUCUGGGGCAUAGAUGGCAGACCAAGAUUAAAAGUGGUAACUCAGCCAUAUGAGCAUGGGCUGCCUGCCUGGGCUGUCCUGCUGACUGUGGGAUGCCAAGGUCAGUGUGUUCCCAGUGGGUUCUGAUCAGCCCUCGAAGUGUUUGCUCUCUGCCCUGUUCAGUGGACUGUUGACUUCAGUCCCUGCAAGUGCUUUAGCCCAAGUGGGGUUUUCUCAGAGCACUGCCACAAGCUAAGUGUAUGUUUAGCCAAAUAAUUUCUCCAUUAAGGGAAAAAAAUGCGCUCAUUCAGAUGUUACCAGCAACGACAGAGAUGAGAGUAGGAAAGAUUAGGCAACAUUGGGGUUUUGAUUUGGAAAGUGUUCAAGUCACUGUCAAAGGCUGUCUGAGAGCCAGUGAUCAUAUAGAGAUUCUUAGGAGUUCUCAUCUGGAAGUGUUAAAAGACCUCCUGUGAGUUGGAGGGAUUGUUAAAAUGCCAGCAGCUCCCCCCCCCCCAUUUUUUUCUAGAAUUCUGUAAAAAUGCAAAGACAAUUGAGUGGUACUUAAGAAUUGAGGGUGAGGGUUACCGCAGAAUAGAAGCAUACUUCUAGAUUUCAGUUCCAUGCCACAAAUCCACACAAUGCCAUUUUUCAACUGUACAAAAGAAUCUGCUUACGAAUUUGACAUGAUCUUAGUGGUAGCAUCAAAAGGCCGAAUUUUUCACCUGUUAAUAUUUUUCCACAUUUGUCCUUGAAUCUGAGUAACUUUACAGUACUGUAAAUUUAACUUACAUUGAGUUUGAUGUCAAUUCUUGUAAAAAGAGCUUCUGCAUGUAACACACACACAGUUAACACAGCAGAAUAUAAAAUUUGCAGGACCAAUUUUGGAACCAACAGAAAAUGUCACCUCUCAUUUACCAUCUUUAUGUAUCAGUUUUACCAGCUACUUCUAAAUUUGUACAUUAUGUGUAAGGAAAAGAAGGAAACCCCCUAAGGCUUGUCUAACUUAGUGGAGAAUGUGUGUGUCGGGUUUAGGAUGGAUAGCGAAGUCUUACUGAGCUGUGUUACCUAACUUGUAUAUAACAAUUGUAAUUAAAAGUCUGGAUUCACCUGUUUCUUGCGGUUUAAAACAAUGAGUAAUUACAAACUCUGGAAAUGUGACUAGUAUAUGACUUAAGGUGUAGAAGUGGGGAAGCUCUUCAAGUGCUAAAAAUAAAGACUUCUAGUUUUUGGCUCAAAUUCAGUAAGUACUGUUUGUAUACCAGGAUAUGUGAGAUGUAAAUGUAAUAGGUCACUUUUCACCCUUGUAGCUAUAAAAUAAAAAUUUUGUAGAACAGAAAUAGCUUGUACUACUGAAUUAACAAAAGUUAUACUAAAGUAUCAUGUUUAAAAAAUAUACACACACACACACACACACACACACACACACACAUAUACAGAGUUAAUGCUGUUACCCUGUCUGGAUUUGAAAAGUGUGCUGAUUUAUAUAUGUGUGUGUGUAUAUAAUACACACACACACACAUAUAUAAAUUAUAUACACGCACACAUCUAAAAUGGCCUAAAGCAGACAUCCAUGUAAUUACAGUUGCAAAAUGAAGACAUUUUGGAAAGAACAUUGUAUCAUAGUUCAUUCAUUUGCAGUGGAUCUUUGUUCCUUUUUACUGUGGUAAUUUUAGAAAUGAGUGUCAAGUUUGAAAUUAGAUCUGCUAAGUUGGGGUUUUGCUGCUUGAACUCUGCACUGGGUCCUCAAAGAAACCGAUGUGAAUGUAGUUUUUUCCCCCUGUGUGAAGAAGCAGCCACACCCCAACAGAAUAGGAGGAAAAA